AUGCUAAGUGGGAAGAACGAAGAAUCGUCAUAUAUGAAACGAACGCGGGCUAUUUCUUUUGGCAAUGAAUUGGUUAGUAAAUCGCAGACAGCCUCAAGUAGUAGUGAGCACAGCAAAUGGCUUGCUGAGUCGCAGUCUCGAUUUCGCAACCGGUCAACUCGAAAUCGACUGAUUGCAUUUGAAAAAAGCGCCCUUAAUUUUGAAUUGUUCAUCAACAAAAGGUUCGUGUUUCAUUAA